AUGAUCAGCAUGCAUUAUGUGCAUGUGUGGAAGGCGGGGAAAGCUCAUCAUCGCUCCGCUGGAACACUCUGCGAUCUUCAUCUGAAAUCGAGGGCCCUAAUUGCGGUGAUGCCGAAUUUCGAGAUAUCGUUCUGCAUCACCGGUGGUACGGGCAUCACCAGGCUGAAAACAAUCCGGUUCGAGAUUUGGGAAAUACUUGGUUUGAGUCUGAAGCUGGACUUUGGAAUGUCUUUGGAGGAGCGUACUUAUCCGGUCACGACUCUUUUUGAACUGCCCUCCCACUCUCUGUUCUCCGCCGCGCUCGUACCACGAAGCUAUGGACCCAAAACCGAAGUCAAAAAAACGAAUCCACCCUGUCUACGGAGUUCAAGCUGUGCGCUUUUAUGGGGGUUCUGGGGAUACCCAGUCGUUUACAUUGCCAGUUACAUGGCCUAUGGAACGAGGAUUAAACUGAUCAAAUGCCGCUGCCCGGAUCGCGAAAAGGAUGGAGAUUGCGUCUACGUAUAA